GAAAUGAGGAAAAUUCAAGUGCUUGCGGAACGUUGAGGAUUGUGAUAAAUUCAGACAGGAACAAAAUCUUCAUUCAACUAUCUCAACCUCCAAUACUAUAAAUAACACAGCACAAGAAACCUUCAAUUUGUUAUUUAUACUAUAUGAGGUCUAAAAAUUGAUUUUGGGUUAACAACUCAGAGCGUUAUCCAUUUAAAGCUUUUUUUGGUUCAAAAUGCCGGCAAAAUUAAUCCGUUCGAUAAAUCAGUAUUUAUAUCCUCAUGAUGAGAUAUUCAUAUUGAUAAGACCUAUUAUUACAUUAAUUAAUAAUACUGUAGGAGUAGCUGCUUUAGCUAUGCCAUUUUGUUUUCAUCAGUGUGGUAUUUUAUUAUCAUUUUUGUUUCUUGGAAUUACUGCUGCAUUUUCAAUAAUGUCAUGCGAUGCUUUAAUUGAUAUCUGUUCUACUCACCGAGUCCUUCCAUUUGAACAUGCUUGCUUUAAAGCAUUAGGACAUAUGGGAAAAAGUUUAGCUGAAUUAAGUGUUAUUUGUCUGUUGUUUGGUUACGUUGUAGGAUAUUAUGUUACUAUUGCAGACCUGAGCACUGGUGUUGUUUCACAAAUCGCUGUAACUAUACCAACUCAUCAGCUUCGGUUUAUUCUACUAGUGACGUUUACAGUUACUUUAAUACCGCUUUGUUUAGUUUCAAAAGUUCAAAGUUUACUUCGAUUGAAUGUAUUUACAAGUCUAUUUUAUGGUGUAGUUACUUUUCAUAUGAUUUUUAUACUUGGUCUACCUCGAUUAAUUUCCAAUAUGCCUUGGGAAGAUAUGAAUUGGUGGAAACCAGCUGGUCUGAUUGAAUGUAUUCCUAUAUUUUUAGCUUCAAUGUUCUGUCAAACACAAUUACAUAUCACAUCAUCUAAAUCUUUUCAGCCAACAUUAUCAAAUAUGCGAUUGAUAGUUCGUGUUGCAUUGAUUACAGUAGCUAUAGUUUAUGGAUUUUUUGGUUUCUUUGGCUACGUAGCAUUUAUUAGUUCGAAAAGGACAAUAUUUUCCGGUAACGUCUUUCUAAUGUAUCCAGAUGAUUUACGUAGUUUCUGUAUACGUGUUGGAUUUCUACUAACCAACAUUGUCUCUAUACCGCUGAUUAUUUUCCCAUUACGUCAAACUGUAUACAAUUUAUUAUGUCAAAAAAGAUUAACUUCAUUUGGUGUGGAUUUGGAAAUCGAUUCAACUCCUAUGAUUUCUGAAGAAGUUCCAAAAAGGUUUAUUCAAAAAAUCACUAUCUCAUUACUACUUGUCUCGUUUCUUCUCAGUUUAACUACGGAUAAAAUUGAAGUAAUCAUUCGAUAUACAACUAGUGUAGCUGGUUCAUUGACUGGUUUCAUUUUACCAGCAUUGGUACUUAUUGUCGCCACAAUAAAAAAUGGUAAUCAUCACCAUCAUCAUCAUCAUCAUUACAAUGGUAGUAGUAGUAGUAUUUCACGUUUUUUACAAAUUUAUCGUAAUCAUUCAAUUAGUGCUUAUUGUCUACUAUUAGUUGGUUGCCUUUUAUUCUCAUUAGAAUUUUUCACAGUCCAUCAUACAAAUAAUGGUAAUAUAAAUCCAUUGAAUAAUUUAAAUGGAAUUAAUAAGAAUAAUCUUCAAUUAUUAUCAAGGGAUCAUAUUGUUGAUACUACUACUAGAAGUAGUAGUAGUACUACUACUACUACUACUAAAACUGUUACAUCUCUUCAAUCAAAUAUUGUUAAAGUGAAUUUGAAUGCUCAACAACCAAUUUUAAAUUUUACAAUGAAAAAUCCCCCUGAACCAAUUGAUCUAACAAAAAUUCAAUCACAAAUGAAUGUUAAUAAUAAGUUAACUAAUAUUUCACCAUUGAUUCAACAACAUCAUCAACAAACUAAACCAAUUACUAUUAUAAAUAAAACUAUUUUGAAAAAUUUUAAAAAAUCACGAUAACAACAUCAUCACCGACGUUGUUGUUAUCGUCGUCGACGACGACAUCGUUCAACGCGAAAUUGAUCAAAUUCACAUGAAAUCUUAGUUUCUUUUUUUUUUGGAAAAAAUCUAAAGUAACGCUGUGACUGGUAAAAAAGAAAGAAAGAAAGAAGGAGAACCGUCCAUAGAAUUGAAAUCAUCAUGUAACAGUGUUGUGUACAUACGAAUUGGAUUCAUUUUAAUUUUAUGUAGUUAAAAUCAUCGUCACGUGUGUAUACCUUAUUAUUUUAUUGUUCUGUGAUAUGUUUCUUUUUUUGUACAAUUUCUUACAUUGUCUCCAUUCAUGAUACACAAUACAUAUGUGAUAUUUAAGAAGGGAUCAAUAGUCAUAAUUUUGUGUUAUUUACUCUUGCCUUUCAUUGUAUUGUUUGUUUAUGUUGAGUAUGGGGACUGAGUUCUCUAUACAUACGAAACACCAUUUCUUCUUUCGAUGGUUGUGAUUUUCUUUUACUUCUUGUUGAUUUGUCAACAUACUUGUUAAUGUUCCAUCUUUCCAUAUGAUUAAUAUCUCUGUUGUUACUUACUUACGCCUGUUACUCCUCAUUAAGGAGCAUAGGCCGCUCACCAGCGUUCUCCAUCCAACCCUGUCCUGAGCAAUCCUUUCCAGUUUUUCCAGUUGUUAUUCAUCUUUUUCAUGUCUGCUUCUACUUCCCGACGUAAUGUGUUCUUUGGAUUUCCUCUUUUCCGUUUCCCUUCAGGAUUUUAAGUUAAGGCUUGCCUCGUUAUGUAGUGUGAUGAUUUGCGUAAGGUAUGUUUGUUGUAGGUAGAUUAUUUAAAUCAGUAUUACAAUUGCAUAUGUAUCUAUGUAAUUACCAUUUGCUUACAAUGGUUUAUACCACUUACCAUCGAUAUAUUCAAUGUUUCAGUUUGUUUGUUCUUUUAUAGGAGAAGCUCUUUUGUAUAUGUAUGUAUGUAUUUGCACUGUUCCAUUUGUUCAAUGAUCAAUAACAAGCUGUAAUCGAUCUUUCAACUAUCAUCUGUGUAUAUGUAAUAUCCUCCCUUAUGGUUUAUUUAAAUCCAUAAUGAAAGUUUGUUUAAUAUGUUUUGAUUCACAUAAUUUUUUCUAAAUACUUUUGUAAUUUAAAUAAACAUACCGGAGACUUUUUUAGGGAGUUAGUUUUCUACGGG